ACAUAAUGUUCUUCAGAUAAUUGGUUGGGUAUUUGUUCUAAAAACCUGACACCAGUAAUCUCAAUCAUGAAACUCGCAAUAGCUUUCCUGCUUCUGGGCAUUUGCCUUGUUCCCACAAAUGCAAAUUAUGGAAGAAGAAGAAUGACAACUCACGAAGGAUAUGCUCAUUCUCGCAUGUUUACCCAAUGUAUGCAACGAUGGAUUGAAAUUGAGAAAUGCAACAGGAGGUGCACUGACAAUGAAAGAGUGUGCAGACAGAGGGCCUUCCUAGAAAACGUAUGCUUCCUUCUGAAACUGCUUGCUCACGACUUGCAAUUGGAAUUUGCUGAGCUCCUGGGCGGACUGAACUGUGGCAUUCAUGUUAGCUAUGUCAUAUCUGCAGUACAGCAUGGACACAUUGACCAACUUUCCGCACAACUGACAUACUAUAAUGCAUGGAAUCCAUUUUAUAAAGGGUUCAGUCAAUUUUUGAAUGAAAUAUUGGUAAGCGUAAAUGUGGACUUAGGGUACUCUAUUGCCUCAGUGAACGCUUGUUCGGGGAAAAGUCUCGAGACUGGUUAUGGACCAAUUCAAGAUGUUAUUAAUGUUUUCCAUAAUAUUGUCGGUGGUGGUGGUGGUAAAUCUAAAUCUGGUCUUUUCGGUGGACUAGUUGGGAGCCUUACUGGUGCUCUAGGCAAUGUAGUUGGGGGCGUUGCUCGUGUUGCAGGCGAUGUAGUUGGGGGCCUUGCUGGUGCUGCAGGCCAAGUAGUUGGAGGCGUUGCUGGUGCUGCAGGCAAUGUAGCUGGUAACCUUGCUGGUGCUGCAGGCCAAGUAGUUGGAGGCGUUGCUGGUGCUGCAGGCAAUGUAGCUGGUAACCUUGCUGGUGCUGCAGGCCAAGUAGUUGGAGGCGUUGCUGGUGCUGCAGGCAAUGUAGCUGGUAACCUUGCUGGUGCUGCAGGCCAAUUAGUUGGAGGCGUUGCUGGUGCUGCAGGCAAUGCAGUUGGAGGCGUUGCUGGUGCUGCGGGCAAAGUAGUUGGGGAACUUGCUGGUGCUGCAGGCGGUGCUUUGGGUGCUGCUGGUGGUUUAGGUGGCGGAGUUGCAGGUGGUUUAACUGGUGGUGCAAGCCAAGUAGCCGGUGGCUUUGGCGGUGCUGCAGGUGGUGCUUUUGGUGGUGCAGGCCAAGUAGCCGGUGGCUUUGGCGGUUCUGCAGGUGGUGCUUUUGGUGGUGCAGGCCAAGUAGCCGGUGGCUUUGGCGGUGCUGCAGGUGGUGCUUUUGGUGGUGUAGGCCAAGUAGCCGGUGGCUUUGGCGGUGCUGCAGGUGGUUUAGGUGGCGGUCCUUUUGGUAGUGCAGGCCAAGUAGCUGGUGGCUUUGGCGGUGCUGCAGGUGGUUUAGGUGGCGGUCCUUUUGGUGGUACAGGCCAAAUAGCCGGUGGCUUUGGUGGUGCUGCAGGUGGUGCUGCAGGCAAAGUAGCCGGUGGCUUUGGUGGUGCUGCAGGUGGUGCUUUUGGUGGUGCAGGCCAAGUAGCCGGUGGCUUUGGCGGUGCUGAAGGUGGCUUACCUGGCAGUGCUGGCUAUGUUAACCGUGGUGGUUCCAGCUAUAGUGGCACUGUACAUUACAGCAAAGGAUCCUCCUACUCUCCUCGUUAGUCACAGCUUCUGAAUUCCUCAACAUUCCCAGGACAAGAGAGUGACAGUUUUGUUACUUCAGUACAUUUAUUAAUAAUGUAUCUCUCAAUGUAUGGACUUGUCUUCUCUUGUUUUAAAAGUCUAUUAAACUUUGCCUUGUUUCACUCCAUUGUCAAUAAAUUUAAUGCAUUCCAUCUGAA